AAUAUAUGCAUAGACCAUUGUCACUUCGUCGGAAGUCGCGUCCUGCCCAGUUCGCGAGACUCCAGCGGGCCUUCUUGCGGCGCUCGGGUCGGGGUCCAGGUCCGGGCGUGCAACAGAAACCGUCAGUGGCCCCGCUGGCUAAAAAAGGGCAAGCGUCGGAGGCUCGAGCCAGCGGCCACGGCGCCUCCCAACAGUUCCUAAUUCGGGGCGCUCUGCCGGCCCCACCACCUGUUCCCGGCAGCCAAUGGGGCCGCGGGGGGCGGCCGGGGCGGAGCGCGGCUACAAAAGGCCGCGGGCCCAGCGCACCCGCCCAUCACGCUCCGGGCGCGCUUUCGGGGAGGCUUGGACCGACGCGGCCCAGGGCCAGGAACAUUCCGUGCGUGGACCAGCCGGGCCGGGGCGAUGCUGCGGGUGCGGUGUCUGCGCGGCGGGAGCCGCGGCGCCGAAGCGGUGCACUACAUCGGGUCUCGGCUUGGACGAACCUUGACGGGAUGGGUGCAGCGAACUUUCCAGAGCACCCAGGCAGCUACGGCUUCCUCCCGGAACUCCUUUGCAGCUGACGACAAGGCCACUGAACCUCUGCCCAAGGACUGCCCUGUCUCUUCUUACAACGAAUGGGACCCCUUAGAGGAAGUGAUAGUGGGCAGAGCAGAAAACGCCUGUGUUCCGCCGUUCACCAUCGAGGUGAAGGCCAACACAUAUGAAAAGUACUGGCCAUUUUACCAGAAGCAUGGAGGGCAUUAUUUUCCCAAAGAUCAUUUGAAAAAGGCUGUUACUGAAAUUGAAGAAAUGUGCAAUAUUUUAAAAAUGGAAGGAGUGACAGUGAGGAGGCCUGACCCCAUUGACUGGUCAUUGAAGUAUAAAACUCCUGAUUUUGAGUCUACGGGUUUAUACAGUGCAAUGCCUCGAGACAUCCUGAUAGUUGUGGGCAAUGAGAUUAUCGAGGCUCCCAUGGCAUGGCGUUCACGCUUCUUUGAGUACCGAGCGUACAGGUCAAUUAUCAAAGACUACUUCCACCGUGGCGCCAAGUGGACAACAGCUCCUAAGCCCACAAUGGCUGAUGAGCUUUAUGACCGGGAUUAUCCCAUCCACUCUGUAGAAGACAGACACAAAUUGGCUGCUCAGGGAAAAUUUGUGACAACUGAGUUUGAGCCAUGCUUUGAUGCUGCUGACUUCAUUCGAGCUGGAAAAGAUAUUUUUGCACAGAGAAGCCAGGUUACAAACUACCUAGGCAUUGAAUGGAUGCGUAGGCAUCUUGCUCCAGAUUACAGAGUACAUAUCAUCUCCUUUAAAGAUCCCAAUCCCAUGCAUAUUGAUGCUACUUUCAACAUCAUUGGACCUGGUACUGUGCUUUCCAACCCUGACCGACCAUGUCACCAGAUUGAUCUUUUCAAGAAAGCAGGAUGGACUAUCAUUACUCCUCCAACACCAGUUAUCCCAGACGAUCAUCCACUCUGGAUGUCAUCCAAAUGGCUUUCCAUGAAUGUCUUAAUGCUAGAUGAAAAACGUGUUAUGGUGGAUGCCAAUGAAGUUCCAACUCAAAAGAUGUUUGAAAAGCUGGGUAUCACUACCAUUAAAGUUAACAUUCGUAAUGCCAAUUCCCUGGGAGGAGGCUUCCACUGCUGGACCUGCGAUGUCCGGCGCCGAGGCACCCUACAGUCCUACUUGGACUGAACAGGCCUGAUGGAGCUUGUGGCUGGCCUCAGAUACACCUAAGAAGCUUAGGGGCAAGGUUCAUUAUCCUGCUUUGAAAAGUGCAUGAACUGUAGUGCUUUAAACAAUCAUCUCCUUAACAGGGGUUGUAAGCCUGGUUUGCUUCUAUUACUUUUCUUUGACAUAAAGAAAAUAACUUCUGCUAGGUAUUACUCUCUACUCCUAAAGUUAUUUACUAUUUGGCUUCAAGUAUAAAAUUUUGGCGAAUGUGUACCAAGACAAAAGUUAGUCACCUGAGUAACUUGGCCACUAAUAAUUAACCAUCUACCUCUGUUUUUAAUUUUCUUUCCAAAAGGCAGCUUGAAAUGUUGGUCCUAAUCUUAAUUUUUUUUUCCUUUUCUAUAGACUUGAGAAUGUUUUUCUCUAAAUGAGAGAAAGACUUAGAAUGUACACAGAUCCUAAAUAGAAUCAGAUAAUCUCUUUUUUUAUAAAGGAGAGAAAGACUUAGAACAUACACGGAUCCUAAGUAGAACCAGGUAAUUGCCUCUUUUUCUAAUAAGGAAUUUGGGUAAUUUUUAAUUUUUUGUUUUUUAAAAAGUAACCUAGACUAUGCAAAACAUCAAAGUGAAUUUUCCAUGAAUGUUUUUAAUAUUCUCAUCUCAACAUUGUGAUAUAUGCUACUAAAAACCUUUUCAUAUACAUCUUACCUCAUUUCAAGUGAUUUUAAUCUUUUCCUUUCUUUCCAAAAAUUUACAGGAAUGUUGAGUGUAAUUGGAUUUCGCAUCCUUAAGUUUUGAUAUUCAAUAUCUGAUAGAUAUACUGCAUCUUUGGUAAUCUAAGAUUUGUUUACAAAUGUGCAAAUUAUUUAGAGCAUAGACUUUAUAAGCAUUAAAAAAAACUAAUGGAGGUAAAACCUAUAUGCGUUGUGAAAUAAUUUUAGUGUUGAUACUGUAUGUGUAUUUUUAUUCUAAUAAACUUUUGUGUUCCAGACUGAA